AUGGAAGCUGUAAGCACAACUUCAAGCCAUUUUCUCACAUUUGCUCUUACCUUUCUUCUGUUCAUAUCAAACCUGGAAAAUUCCGAUGCAGCCAUCACCACCACCAAAACAACCAAAAACUCUAGCAGUACCUACAAAAACUACCUGAAAACGGCCUGCAAUUCCACCACCUACCCAAAACUCUGUUAUAGCUCUCUCUCCCACUACUACUCCACUAUCUCAAACAAUGACCUAACUUUGUGUAUCAGCGCAGUGAACGUAAGCCUACAAGCUGCCACCAACGCAAAUUCCUUAGUAACAGCUCUGUUAAAAGAAGGUGGAUUAAACCAUACUGAAGCUCAAGCUGUUCAAGAUUGCCUUGAAGUAAUCGGAGACAGCAUCGACGAGCUGAAUGAGUCAUUGGAUGCAUUAGGCAGCCUUGACUUCAACAAUCCUAAAGUGAAAUUCCAGAUUUCUAGCAUAAAAACAUGGGUUAGUGCUGCCAUUACUGAUGAUGAUACCUGCACUGAUGGACUUAAUGGUGCCAAGGUAAGCUCUUCAGUGAAGACAAAGAUCACGAAGAGUGUAUUGAAUGUUGAAAGGCUCACUAGCAAUGCUUUGGCUCUUAUUAAUAGUAAACUCCCCUAAUAUUACUAGUUGCUCUCGGAAUACCAUUCCAAUGUGCACUUAAUAAAGAGUUGGCUGUCUCCAUAAU